AUGCCUAAAGACAGAAACGUUGGUCACACUACUUUAUUCCCUCAAGAUCCACCAUAUGAAUCAGCACAUGCCCCAUUAUACGUCGCGCCAACUUUAGCAGUUCUUGGCAGUUUUGCGCUUUCCAUUCUAUAUCGCCAUGCAUCUACAUACCCAGACGCCAACCAGACAGGCCCCAUUUCUCUUACAUCUACACACAUCAAUUACAUUUAUGAGCCCUUGAAUGACUCUGGCUCCUUAAAUGGAUACCAUGACUCUGAUAUUACACCAACAGUAGAUAGAGACUUCCCAGAUGUUCAACUGGGCGAUAUCUUGGAUGGUGACCAAAAGCUUUGA